AUGAAUGUUACUUCGGAACCGCCUCCACUCACCGACCCAGGAUCGUCCAGACUUGUAGCAGUGACCAUCUACUCCAUACUUGGCUCCGUUGGAAUCAUCGGCAACGGUCUUGUCCUCGUCGUGAUGAUUGCCGUCAAGGAUCUACGAAACAUCACCAACCUCUUCAUUGCCAACCAAUCCAUCAUCGACAUGACGACAUCGAUAUUUCUUUUCAUAACGUUCAUCGCUCCACAUCCCGCCGUACCGAAGCAGAAGCUGGCUGCCAAUUUCAUCUGCUCUUUCUGGAACUCGGGUUAUAUAUUCUGGGGGACCAUUAUCUCGUCGACUUACAAUCUGGUCAUGCUCGCACUCGAGCGGUACUUCGCAGUCAUGUAUCCGGUGGCUUACCGCAAUAAGUUCAGUUAUCGUCGUGCAGCUGGAGUCGCUGUUGCUCCUUGGAUCGUUGGCUUCGGGUUCGGCAUCCAUUGGAUGGUCGUCAACCAGCACGUCGAUGGUCGAUGCAUCGUCAAAUACGAAAGCAACUUUAUCAGGGGUUUCAUCGGUUGUCUAACCGUAAUCGUUGAGUUCGUCAUCCCUCUCAUCAUCAUUGCCUACGUCUACAUCAGAAUCGGAAAGCUGAUGAGACAGAGAGUUGAGGACGUCGGCAACCCAUCUACGGAAAACCGAUCCGACGUUACAACUGCCGAGCCAGGUUUGCCCAACUACCGAGAAAAGGCGCGAAAGAACGUGAUCAAAACUCUCCUUAUCGUCUGCAUAACGUACGUAAUUUGCUGGACCCCGAAUCAGAUUGUAUUUCUGUACUAUAAUCUCGGUGGGCCAAUUGAUCUAAAUGGUCCAGUAUUCUACGCGUCUGUCUACAUUGCCUUCGUGAAUAUGUGUAUCAAUCCAGUGAUUUAUACCUUCAAAUAUCGGAAGUUCCAAAAGGGUUUGAAGAAAGUGUUCAGAAUCAAAGCAUAG